AUGAACCCGACCGCCAAGGAGAAAGCAAAAACAAAGUGCUCAGUCGAUUCGCCGGAACAAAGUGGCAUCAACUCCGUCCCCCCGCCACUGCAGGAAUCAACCGUCUUAGAUGAUGCCGAAGACGAUGCUGAAGCCAGAGAUUUCAAGAGGAUUGGCUUGCAGGUAUUGGUUGAAAUUGCCGAUUUCCAUGAACGGAUUCGAAAUGUGUUUAUCUGGCGCAGAUCAUCUUCCUCAAUGAAAUAUGGGAUUGGUCUGUUUGCAAUGUUCGCACUCACGCUGCUCCCGGCAAAAUAUAUAUCGAAGCUGCUGUUCUUCAAUCUUGGUUUUCUGUUUUGGCAUCUGCUACCGUUGUUUGCAGCACUUUCGCCGCGUGACGGGAAGAGAUUACCACCUCCGCUCCAUGAUGUUCCCACUGACGCGGAGUACGCCAUGGAACUCAUCUCACAGCGCAUAACCGCCGGUCUACCUGUCGAGGCUGCAAAGCCCUCGAAGCACAGCAAGAAGAAUCAAUCGACGGAAAGCUUAUCCAACCCUCCUCUCAGCGCAAAACUUCAGGCGCACAAAACUUCCCGAUCCGAAGGUUGGCAGCCAUCCGUUGACUGGAAGAAGUUCGGCGACCGCGUCGCAUCUGGCAAGUCGGCGAUUCAGGAUUUAAAGAGGUUGAAGCCUGGGAAAUCAUGGCUCACACAGGAUGCUUGGUCACCUCGACAUCCGAUUAUUCCCGAUGCUAUUGGCAUUACCCAGCCUCAGACAAGUUUAGAAGCCCACACUUACCCUUGCCAGCACAGCACAGCUCCAGGCUUGAUCACAUUGGUGCAUAGGACUCUCUAUUUCACCCCACUGAUGUCACAGAACGCGAAGAUGAUCAUUCAUUUGUCUGCUGUCAAAGGUGUAAAGAAGGUCGGCCUCCUGAAAGGAUUCAACGUCCGAUGGACCGACUCUUCAGAUGGCAAACAAGAAGAAAAAGAAGAGAAAUUCCUAUGGGUGGGAGGCCGCGAUGACCUUUUUGCUCGUCUCGUGGGGACAGAAGGACGACGAUGGGUACAAGUGUGA